UUAGAGGGCUAUAAAAGCAGAUAUUCUAAUCAGAAACUGCAUCAUUCAUUCGUCAGCUUACGGAUUUGAAGGGAGACUACUCAAUAAUCAUGUCUAGAGUGUUCCUGCCCAUCUUGGCCAUUGUGCUCGUCCUUGCCGGAGCUUCGCAGGCUGCCAGUUUGGAGUGGCCCUCGAAUUUGGUGGCCCUCAGCUCGGCCAAGUCCUCACAACUCCUUCCCAUCGCCAGCGAGGAUUCCGUUGAGUUGGCCGAGGGCGGUUUGGCAUCAGUCGUCUCCUCGGGAGCCCAGGCGGAGCAGCAAUCCGAGGAGGAGGAUGAGGAGGAGGCACCCCAGCUGUCCCAGUCAUCCAGUGGCAGCUCAGAUGCCAUCGAUGCCCGUCUCGUUUCCGCCGGAAUUCCCGUCUCCGUUCCACUUCCCCUAAUCCUGGCCGCUCGCAACGGACUGCGAACCGUGCUGACCAUCCAGGAGCCCGCGGUGGCCAAGGUGGGUGAGGUGGUGCAGCAUGUGCCCACGGCCAUUUCGCAUCAGAGCCAGACGGUGGUGCACGACCACCGCCGCCUGGUCACUCCGAUUGUGGCUCCCGCUGUCCGCACCACCCAAGUGGUUCGCCAGCAGCCACCGCUUCUGUGGACCCUGGCCUCCUCCGAUCCCCGAGUGGUCCUGAUCCGCAACUAAGAAGCCAUGCCAAAGAUCAACAAGAUGAACUCGCCAAAUCUAUGAGAUACUUUUACUCUUAAUCCCCUUUCUGGACCCGAUAACCCACAGAACUCUGUCUCUUCUCUGUCUCUAUCUCUUCUUUCUUCUGCCAUUUUCAGUAGAAUUCUUCUGUAGUGAGCUUUUAAUAAAGAUUUCGCAUUUGCAUUUAACGAA